UAAAAUCAACUUUCCCAGUUCCCUCAUCUGCUCCAAAAACAAAUUCCUAGGUUCGAAGUAGCACACGCGCCUCAGUGCUCGGAAAGUAAGCAGAUAGCUCCUCCACCUUUUCAGCAAAAGCUAGGCGCAUAGAUAAGCCGAGAGAGAGAGAGGAUGUGGCGCUGCGUCUCUCGAAGCCUUCGAGCUCCGUCGUGUUCCAAGAGAUGGAUUUCCAAUGACACUCUCAGAUCUCAGAUAUCCAGAUUCUUAUCCACCGAUUCUGGGCGAUCAUCAUACACUAUAGUGGAUCAUACAUAUGAUGCAGUUGUGGUUGGUGCUGGAGGUGCAGGGCUUAGAGCAGCCAUAGGUCUCUCAGAGCAUGGAUUCAAUACUGCUUGCAUUACUAAGCUUUUCCCAACUCGUUCACACACUGUUGCUGCUCAGGGUGGUAUAAAUGCUGCAUUGGGUAAUAUGACUGAAGAUGACUGGCGGUGGCACAUGUAUGACACAGUUAAAGGAAGUGAUUGGUUAGGUGAUCAGGAUGCCAUUCAAUAUAUGUGCAGGGAAGCACCAAAAGCUGUGAUUGAGCUUGAGAAUUAUGGGUUACCAUUUUCUCGAACAGAAGAUGGGAAAAUCUAUCAACGCGCUUUUGGUGGUCAAAGCCUUGAUUUUGGGAAAGGUGGACAGGCAUACCGCUGUGCCUGUGCUGCUGAUCGAACUGGACAUGCUCUAUUGCACACACUCUAUGGCCAAGCUAUGAAACACAAUACUCAAUUCUUUGUGGAAUAUUUUGCUUUGGAUCUGAUAAUGAACAGUGAUGGUACCUGCCAGGGAGUGAUUGCAUUGAAUAUGGAAGAUGGGACAUUGCAUCGGUUCCAAGCUGCUUCAACAAUUCUUGCCACAGGGGGAUAUGGUAGAGCCUACUUUUCUGCAACCUCAGCUCACACAUGCACUGGAGAUGGCAAUGCCAUGGUUGCACGAGCAGGCCUCCCCCUCCAGGAUUUGGAGUUCGUGCAAUUUCACCCAACUGGCAUAUAUGGGGCUGGGUGCCUCAUUACUGAAGGAUCUCGUGGCGAAGGUGGUAUUCUUAGAAACAGUGAAGGUGAACGCUUUAUGGAACGGUAUGCCCCCACUGCCAAGGACCUUGCUUCAAGAGAUGUUGUGUCUAGAUCUAUGACCAUGGAAAUCAGAGAAGGGCGUGGCGUAGGUCCUUUGAAGGAUCAUAUUUAUCUUCACUUGAAUCACUUACCUCCUGAAGUGCUGAAGGAAAGGCUUCCUGGUAUCUCAGAGACUGCUGCCAUAUUUGCUGGUGUUGAUGUUACAAAGGAACCUAUCCCUGUAUUGCCUACAGUGCAUUACAAUAUGGGUGGUAUUCCCACCAAUCAUCAUGGAGAGGUAGUUACAAUUAGAGAUUCUGAUCCAGAUGCUGUAGUUCCUGGAUUAAUGGCUGCCGGAGAGGCAGCCUGUGCUUCAGUUCACGGUGCCAAUCGCUUGGGUGCAAACUCUCUUCUUGAUAUUGUUGUUUUUGGUCGAGCCUGUGCAAAUAGGGUUGCAGAAAUCCAGAGACCAGGGCAAAAACAGAAACCAUUGGAAAAAGAUGCUGGCGAGAAGACAAUUGCCUGGCUAGAUAAACUUAGAAAUUCAAAUGGCUCACUUCCAACUUCAAAAAUUCGGUUGAAUAUGCAACGAGUUAUGCAAAAUAAUGCUGCUGUUUUCCGUACACAAGAAACAUUGGAAGAAGGUUGUCAAUUAAUUGAUAAGGCAUGGGAGAGUUUUCAUGAUGUUAAAGUGAAGGACCGAAGUUUGAUAUGGAAUUCUGAUUUGAUAGAGACAAUAGAGUUGGAAAAUCUUCUAAUAAAUGCUUGCGUCACCAUGCACUCAGCUGAAGCCAGGAAAGAAAGUAGAGGAGCACAUGCUCGUGAAGAUUUCACGAAAAGGGAUGAUGGGAACUGGAUUAAACACACUUUGGGAUACUGGGAGAAUGAAAAGGUGAGACUGGAUUACCGCCCAGUUCACAUGAACACAUUAGACAAUGAGGUAGAAACAUUCCCGCCUAAAGCUCGUGUUUACUAAUGCAUGCCCUCAUUAAAAAUUGUAUCAUGGCAUCUUGCCAAUGUUGACAAGGAUGCAACGAGUGCUCACAAUAAGAAAAGUAGAGAAGUUUGCAAUAAAUUAUUUGUAGAUACAUCACUUUGGCAAACGUUUGCUGCAGUCACCAAUCUUUUAAUGUUGUACUUUGUUUUUGAAAGCGCUUCUGCAGACUGCAGACUGCAAUCUGAGUCUGAAUUUUGUAUUUGCCCACCUUGUUAAGUAAUAAGAGUGCAGAUUAGUAGAACCGUUUAUACAAAUAACAUUUUGUUCUCACA